UCUUAAAGAUCCAGUACAUAAGAUUGUACUCGCAGAAUAUUUGGAAUGGCAAUUAAAUACACUGCGAAUGCAAAUGGGCGAAGAAGCCUACCAACAACUAAUGCAAUCUGUGUAUUCUGGUGUAUUAGAGAAGAUCGGAAAAUUUGUAAAACUGAAUUUAAAAUUUCAACCUAACUAGCUGAAAAUAUGAUAUAUUUUAUGCAAUAAUACACACAUACAUAUAUACGAACAGCCUUUAACCCAAAGCGUAACGAAGCGAGUCACUAAUUUUCUACUCCAAUUAUAAGCUAAGGCAGUAAGAGCUUUUUCUGCCUCUACUGCCCUUUACGUAUAUUUAACGUAAAAUAAAAUAACUUAACUUGAACAAACUUUUGGUUAUUUUUACAACAAAAUAUUUUUAUAGUUUAACUAAAAUUAGUAAACAAAAAUAAAAAUGCGAUAUAAUUUACAAUUUUUUGUUUUGUUUAACGAAGCAAAGAAUCAAAUAAAAGUUUAAUAAAAUGCAAAACGGCUAUUUUGUCUCAACGAAAGUUAAUGAAUCAAAUGCACCUACCCCCAAAAUGCUAAUUACUUAUAGUAGAAAUGAAAUCCCAAUCAGUGAAGACAAUUCAAUGUUCUAGAUAAAUUUCUUUAUAAAAAUGACGUCGGUACAAAACGAAAUGCAGCGUAAACAUGUAAUCGUUACGGAUCUGGAUCUCUCUGACUGUCAGCAACAGCAAGAAGUACAAGUCUCUCAUGAUUCAAAUCGCAAAGUUCACAAAAAACGGCACUCGGAAAAACAGGUGCAUACCAUUUCGGGCAACUUUAAUCGCCGUUCUCGAUCUGCGGAAAAUCGUUUUCCAGAACACAACUCCAAUAUUAAACAGAGUAUCCGCCUUAACAGUUACUUCAAUGAAGUGCUGCAAUCCAAAGACAAACAAAUGGAAACAUUGUUGCAACGUUUAGCCACCUUGCACAAAUUCAAUGAACAAUUUGACGUACGAAAUAAAGAGCUUCGUUUGCACAUACAUACCUUAGAGGAUCGUAUAGAGAGCUUGCAGUUCGAAGUCGCAAAUUGUAGUCAUUGUCAGGAGCUAAUGCAACAACUCAACAAGUGUUCGAUGGUCAAUCAGACAUUAGCGUCUGAUGUAUCGAUGAUGAAGACUCUUGUGUAUCGUCUUAAUGUACAAAUUGAAAGUUAUCAGGAUCAUUUGCGCCUUUCUAAAGAUGUUACAAACAAUACAAAUAACGCAAGUUCUGAUGGUCUAGUUCCACAAUCGUCUUCUAUUUCAACCUGGGAAGAGAGUGAUAUACGUACACAUACACUUGCGCCCUUGCUACAGUCGUAUGAUGAAAUGAUAAGCGAUAAAGAGCACUUAAUACAACAAUAUAAACAGGAAUUUGAACAUUUCACAGGGGAACUGAAAAGAACACUAGAAGAAAAUAAUAGUCUAUUGCAUCAAAAUGAAAAUUUACGUCAAGAGGUUAGGUCUUGGCGGGAAGAACGUACCCGAUUGCAGGCACAAAUCGACGUCUGCCGCGCGAAAGUCGAAGCGCAAACAAGAAAAUCGGACUUGGCCAAAGAAAAGCUAAUGGAAGUAAUGCAUUGUUAUGAGCAAAAAAUGCAGUCUCUGGUUCUGGACUUGGAACACUUACAAGCGGCUUAUACACGAUGCAAGAACGAGCUAUUGUCGCUCAAAAGUGUUACGCCGCAUGCAACUGAUGGCAUGGAACACGAUUUACAAGAGUGUAAAGCAAUUUUAGAACAGUUGAAAAAACAGCACAAGGACGAAAAACAAAUGCUCGCGAAAUCUGUUGAAGAACUUCAAUUACAACGUAUGGAAGAUAAUAGAAGAAUUUCUGAAAUGAGAAUGGAAAAUAAAACGUUAGAGAAGAGACUGGAUGAGCAGCGUACUGCAGUAGAAGAGUUUCAAAAUAGUGUCUAUUCUCUUCAGAGAACUACCGAAAAAAUUAAGCGCUCUAGAGAUCGGUUGAAGGCACGAUUGCGAAUUGCUUUACAAUGGGCACAUAAAAUGGAGGAAGGACAAGUAAAUAUACAAAGUACAUGGGACGCUCUAAAGCGUCUUGAGACCAUUGUAAAGCAUAAGGAGUCACAAGUGCGUGGGUUGCAUGCCCGCCAUCUGCAAGAGAUCGAAAAAAUGCAAAAGAAACUAUCUCAAAAAGAGGAGACCAUACGGACUAUACUUAAAGGAAAACUCGUUAUCGGCGAUCAUCAGUAGAUAAUAGAUGAAGCGAUAUUUUUCCAUUAGAUAUAAAUACAUGUAAGUGUAUAAGAUAUACAAAUAUAAAUAUAUAGUAAAUGAAAAGUUCGAAACAGGAUGAGAGAGUCAGAGAAAAACAUCUUCAUAAAACUGUAAAUAAACAUUCACGAUUUUUUGGUUUUUAUUAACUAAUACUAUAGAAAA